UAAACAACGUAUUUAUCAUAUGAUUUAAUUUAUUAGGAGAACAUUUGCAUUAUGAAUCUUGGUAUUCUAUUUUGAUUGGAUGACGGUAAUUGGAUGGGUUAGAUUGAGUUUGGGUUUGGAUAAUUUUAGUUUCGGUCAUUUCAAAUUUGACUCAAUUCAGGUUUGCUUUUUCGGGAUUUGAGUCACUUCAGAAUAGUUGAGUUUAAAAAUUUUUAUCAUUUCGGGAUAGGUUUUUGUCUCUUGAAUUUAAAUCAUUUUAGAUUUUGAUUAAUUUGGAUUUAGAUUCUUGAUUUUUCUUUAUUAAAUCGAAUGGGAUGGGGGUUUGAGUUCGGGUUACUUUCUAGAUCUAGUGUGGUGUUAUCGAGCAUUCUCAUGGUUGAUGUGGUUGAAAAGAUAUGCAGAUUUAAUGCGGAGGAAGAUUAAUAUAUUUUUGUUUUCAUGGCAUUAAAGUUUUUGGCUUCAGUUCAUUGGUUUCCCAUAGAAGCGUAAAUAAAUCAAAUAUAAACAAAUUUUAUUAUGUUUGUAAUUUAUUCAUUUAAGUAAUAAAUUAUAAAAUAUUAUUCAUGGUCAUUCGUCAAGUUUAGUAAGUUAACAUAACAAACAGGAACCGGGUUUGUUCACGAAUUAUUUCUUGAAUUUUUUUAUUUUAAAUCUAAUAAUUUGUGUUUUUUUUUUGUUUAUUUCAUGUAAAACAGGAAAAAUAGUGUCAUAAUUUUUAUGGACUUGUUGGACACCAUGUUUUUUGCUUUUUAACAAUUUAUUUAUAAUUUUUAUAUUAUAUGUUUUUGUAUUUUUUCAUUUUGUUUUUAUAUUAUAUUAUUUUAUAAUAUUUAAAUCAUCAGGUCUAGUUUACUUAUAUCCUUAAAUGUGAUUAUUUUAAAUUUAAAUUGUCAAAUUUUAAAAUCAAAUCAAUUUAAUUUUGCAUUAUUUCAAGAUAAAUUAUUGCAUUAUAAUAUCAAACUAAUUUAAUCAGUUUAAGAUUAUAGUUUCUGAUUUUUAUUGAUCAAAUUGAGUUAAAUUGAAUUCAAAUUAAAGCCAGUUCUAUCAGUUUUUACGUGGCGUUAAUAGGACAUCCUGUUGGUUUGAUGUGGGUGAAAAGAUGUGCAGAUUAAGCGCGGAGGAAGAUUAGCAGGCGUUGAUUUUCAUGGCAUUGACCCAACAAUGUAACCAUUUCAAGUGUUUAUAUAUAAUAAUGCUAUUGGCUUCUGCUCACUUGAGAUAAGCUUCCCGAGAGUUCCCCAUCUCAAACAAGGGAAUCUCAUGGCUUCAACAAUGAACAAAGUUUUGAAGAUCUUGAUUGCAAUAAUUCAGCCAAUAAUAAUAAAAAAAAAAUUGAAAAUCUCUUAAACUUGCUUUUGAAACUCUUGUUAGAUUUGCCUGUGCCUGGUAUGUUCGAAAAAGCUCUACGCUUAUCUUCCAAAAAAAUGAAAAAGAAAAAAUAUGCUUGCCCAUUCCUAAUCAAGUGUCGUUGUCUUGGAAAUGUGCUACUUGGUGCGUUGAAUGAAGUGAAGUGUAUCUUUCAUCACAGAUUCUUUUUCUGACAAUCAGGCCUCCCGUCCCAUACUCUUGGAUCCAGCUAUUGGCCUUUUGCUUCUUUUGGGUAAGAGCAUCGAUUUUAACCAAAACAAAAUCCCACGUACAUAUACGUUAUUAUUAUUUUAUUUGAGACAAAUAUAAAAUAUAAUUAUUAAAUUUAUAUUUAACUCUAAAAAAUUCUGCAAUAAACAGGGCUAAAAAACUUAGAAGUUCUUAAAAGAAAUUUAACACUUUAUACCUUUGAAUUAAGAUGGAAAAUAGGGAAAUAAAGAAAAAAAAAAAAAACAUGGCAUGUGAUUAUCUUUUGACUUCACCGAACAAGUCCAACCUGUAAACUUUUCAGCAGCUGAUUAUAACAUAAAGCUGCAAAACCAAUGAGAUUGUGCCACACUACCAUACUUGAAAUUACCGACAUCAAAAGAGAAAGUAGACCAAAUCAAAGAUAAACAAAUUCAACAUUCAAGGCCUAAUCUAAUUUUGCUUACAAAUCCACCCCCCUUUGCCAAAAAAAGGGGGUUGGCUGGCCAUCCACGUAUCACCAUCAACAAAAUCUGGUGAAUGGAAAAAUAUAAAAGAUUCUUAACACCUUGAUAGAAUGCUAGAAUUUUAUAAUGCACCAAACUUGAAUUUACUUUGACUAGUGCAUAUAAUAAUACUUAAAUACUUAAAUAUUUUCCAACAAAAAACAAAAUCGACAUCUAGAUUUUUUUAGAACCCCCAACCCUUUUCCCUAUCUCUCCAACGUAAACGUAUUUUCAGGUGCAAUUCUACAAACCUCCGAGAUUCUGUAACCGUUCAUUAAAAAGAAUUGUUUAUAUUGACGUCAUCCUCAUUUUCAAAGUCCCAGAGAAAAAGACAAAAAAAACAAAGAAAGAAAAGUUAUUUAUUCCUUUGAAAUCGCUAAAUCGGUGUAAAUCAAUUUAAAAAAACAUGUAUUAGACAAAAUUUAAGAAACCCAAGUAGAAUGCUACUUUCCUUCUGACAAAAAAAUUGGGUUGUGAAGAUUAGCAAUACUCUAAAAUUCACUCAAAAGGCUACAACGCAACUUCUAGCAAUUGAAGUAGCAGAAUUUUCUGAUCUAAACCACAAUUUUAUUGGGAACUAAACAGCAAAAUAUCUCAGUUCUUUUAGAAUCUUCUGUGUCAGAAAUUACAAAAAUUCAGAUCCAUUUUUGCUUUGUAAAUCAAGAAAAAUAAAUAAAUGAAUGCUAUUCGUUGCAUAUAUAAGCUGUUUGAGUCUUGACCUUCAAAAAUCUUUGCCUCUGUACUCUGAAAAGAUAUGGUAACACAACCCAAGACAAACGACUUUCCUAAAGGAGUAAUCUGUGGGGGAGAGAGCAAAAUAUCUCAUUGCCACUCCAUUCUGGUUUCUUUUUUCAUCAUCAGUCUCCAGACCAACCAAAAGGAAAAGAAAUGAGUGAAAAUAUAAAGAAAUAGGUAACAAUUUUUUAUUAUGACUUUAUAUAAAAUAAUGACAUCCAUGUUCACAUCUCUCCGGUUUCUCAAUUCUUCCAUGUUUUUCCUACUUCUCGAUCUUCCUAAGCCGGUGAACUUUUGGCUCCACUCAUAAUCUGAAUUAAUUCAAUCUCACCUCUAUACUUUUUUUUCCUUAACCUGCAUUCAAGAACCAGUUUUGAAGGCUCUUUCGAUCACCGAAACAAUAAAACUAAUUCAAUCUGAUAUACAACGAAACAAUAAAACUAACCCAGAUCAAAUUUUUAUUUGUUUUUGUUCCCUGGUGGGUAAGCAAAGAUGAAUCCCUAUGGAAGAGUUAAAGAAGAGUUUACAGGAGCAAGCUCAUCAUGUCCUGAUAUGCCUUCUAUGGGUACCCCUCAGCCAAUGGAAGGACUCCAUGAUGCAGGUUCUCCUCCUUUCCUCACAAAAACUUAUGAUAUUAUUGAUGAUUCAAGCACCAAUCACAUCAUCUCUUGGAGUAAAGGCAACAAUAGUUUGAUUGUAUGGGAUCCCCAGGCAUUUUCCAUAAGCCUUUUGCCUAGAUACUUCAAGCACAACAAUUUCUCAAGCUUUGUCAGGCAGCUCAAUACCUAUGGGUUUAGAAAGGUUGAUCCAGAUAGAUGGGAGUUUGCUAAUGAAAGCUUUCUUAGAGGGCAAAGGCAUCUGUUAAAGAAUAUUAGGAGGAGAAAGACACAUCAACCUCAGGCUUCACAGUAUGCUCUAGAUCCUUGUGUUGAAGUUGGGAGGUUUGGACUUGAUGGUGAGGUUGAUAGGUUAAGGCGUGACAAGCAGGUUUUAAUGGUGGAAUUGUUGAAACUUAGACAGCAGCAGCAGAACACUAAUACUUACCUGCAAGCGAUGGAAGAAAGACUAAGGAAGACAGAGAUGAAACAACAACAAAUAAUGAGUUUCUUGGCCAAAGCAAUGCAAAAUCCAAGCUUGCUUCAGAAACUAGUCCAACAGAAAGAUAUGAGAAAAGAACUUGAGGAAGCAAUCACCAAGAAGAGAAGGCGGCGGAUCGAUCAAAGGUCUAGCAGCAGUACUGUUGAAACUAGUGAAUUAAGCCAGGAUGUGGGAGGAGGAACUUUUGUCAAGGCUGAACCUGAGGACUAUGAUAUUGCUGAGUUUGAAGUUUCAGAGCUAGACAAACUUGUUAUGGACUUGCAGGGACUGACUGGGAGCCAAAACAACAUAGAACUUGAGCAUGUAGAGGAAAGAGAAGAACAUGGAAGUAAAGAUAAAAACCUUGAUGAGGGGUUUUGGGAUGAUUUAUUGAAUGAUGAUAUUGAACAAGAAAUAUCUGUUCCGGAUGUUGAAGAUGAAGAUGAGGAAAAUGUAGAUGUUUUAGUUGAGCAGCUGGGCUACUUGGGUUCUAGUCCCAAGUAGAGAAGAAGCUAAGCUCGUUUAGUUUCUUAUAUAACUUCGAUGAGGUAAAAACCAGCUCCCCCGAUAUGAUAAAACCGUUUCAUUACUGGUUUCUUUAUAUUUGAUGGCGGCCUGAAGGGUCACAGUGAUGCCAAAACCAAGUAAAACCUUCAGGUUUUUUCUUGAAUAAUCUUGACAUUGACAAAAAGAAUUAAUGCUUGUAGAUUUACAUUGAAUUAAGAAUGCAUUGAUUAUAAAAAAUCAGCAACACUCAACCAAUGUGCAAUAGCAAUAUUAGCUUGUUUUAUCCGCAUAUGGUUGGUUUAAGUGGCUAAUAGAAUGUCUUUUCUUCGUUACAUGGGUUGGAGAGAUCCUGAAAAAAUAAUUUCUCAUGAAUUCAUUAGGUUGAUGUAAAUAAACCGGCCUAAAGGGAAAAUGUAUUG